AUGACAGAACUUUCCUACAAUAUAGAUAUUGAGUAUUUGUUUGACAUGGAUGACUAUAUUCCAAUUCAGGAUAAAAAAUUAAAAUAGCAAGAUAAAUCUAGCUUGAGUAAAAUAAUUGUUGAGAAUACUACUAGCUAAUAAGAUGACCUAAAUUUUUGUAAAAAGGGUAGUGCCUAUAAGUUAGCAUCGGAUAAAAAUGUUAAUAAGCUUCCUCUUGUAGACUAAAAACCACAGCAGUCAACUCCAGAUAUAACUAUAAAAAAAUAGAAAAUUUAAUCCUUUGCAGAAAAAUAAUAGAAAUCAAUGAUGGAGAUAGAGAAUCAAUAGAGGGUCUAUUAGAGUUAAAGUUAAAUAAAAAAGUAGCAAGUAACGAAAGAUGUUGCAGUCAAGUAAAUUGAUUUCGUUCCCAUUCUAUUGAAAAAGCAUAGUAAUUCAAACCUCUUGCAAUCACCCGAGAGACUAAAUCGUUUAGCCUAAGGUAGAUAAGAAGUUGGAGAAUUUUAAAUUAACAAUAGUGCUGAAGAGUAACUCAAUUCAUGUUCUAGUUCUUAAAUAAAUUUGACUUUAGCGAAAGAUCAAUCUCUGGUUAAACUGAGAUAAAAAUUAGAUAAGCAGCAAGUAUUCUCUUAACUAUUAUCUAAAAGCAGAUAACAUUUUCCUGUGAUUAGGGAUAGAGGAUUUUCACAAAGUAUUGUUGAUAUCGAAAAUCAAGAAUUAAUGUUGAAAAAUAGUCCUUUAAAAAGCAACUUUGAUUCACAUAAAUCAAUCGAUAAGGAUAAAGAUUUAAAUCAAAGAUCACUGAGCAUAUAGAAUCAAUUAACUAAGAGAUAUAAACUUGGACUAAAAUCAUUAAAACGGUAAAUUAAUGCUAUAAAAGAUCAAGUAAAUACCUAAUUCGAUGAUAAAAGCAUGAUUAGAAUGAUUUCAUUUACCUAAGCAAAUGACCAAACAGUAACUAAUCAAACUUUUAAUCAUGAAGAUUUAAAUAGACUAUCUCCUUAAAAAAGUAUAAAGAACUUAGCUGAAUCUAUUAAUUAGAGCAGAAUUUCUUUAGAAUAAGAAUAAGGAGUCUUAAAAACUAUAAUAGGCAAAUAUUGCAGAGAAAAAAGGCCAAGCUUACUUGAAACUAGAGAUACUAAGUGUUUGAUUAGUAAAGAUAUACUAGUGAGUAACACUGAUUCAACAUCAGAGUUGAAUUAAAAUUUAAUAAUACAUGGGGGUAGGUUUAAAGAGAGAUCUGGGUCAUUUAUUCAUAAUAACCAAACCAGCUUUCAACAAAUUAUAGAUGACUACUAGAGCCAGGAAAUUUACAAUUCUUAGAAUAUUACUCAUUCAGCGAGUCCAAUGAAGCUGUCACAGUCAAUUGUGCUAAGCGGAGGUUUUAACUCAAGUUUUGAUAUUUUCAAUCAAAGAUUAAAACCUUAGAAUUAAAAUUAGUACUCUACUAGCAAGUUAACUCAAAAAAAGAGUAAAGCUUACAAUCCAUACAUUCAACUAUCAAGAUAGCAGAGCCUCUCUAAAUUGCAAUUAUCUAAAAAGAGUAACGAAUAACUGGUCUCUAGCAGUAUGAGUAGCUGCCACUAAUUUUAUUUGGACUAAGAAUAUCAUUCUCAGCAAUAAAUAUUGCCUUCAUAUUUACAUGAAGAUAAUGCAACUAAAUUUGCUGAUAAAUCUGUUGGAACAUUUGACCACCGAUCUCUUAAUCUAAGCAGUCCUGAUAUAUCAAUGAAUCAAAUUAAGCUGCCCAAAAUGUCAAAUCUAUAUAAAUAUCAUGAAUAGAGAAGCAUGUUCCCUGAUAAACUAUCAAAUCUUUAUGAAGGAACUGGCAGUUCAAUUGCAAAUAGUAAUCAGCAAACUUUCUUUGAUGAUUAAAAUUUAUCAGCUUAAUUAUAGAAAACCAACAAAAAGUAGCAUCAGGGGGUUCUUGAGGCUCAACCAAAUUUUAUCAGAGUAUCAAUUUUAAAAGCAAACAGAAAGCUCUCUAAAGGAUUACAAAAUAAUUUUAAUACUUUAGUAGAGACAUGA